AGGGGUUGGUGUGGCGCCCUACUCCUCUUCCUCUUCCUCGUGCAAGCUCGUUGGAACUUAGUGGCCAGAAUUCAGUGCAUCCUCUCCGGCCCUCCCUCUUGUGUUAGAAAGUUCGCCUGCUUUUUUGGUGAUGCUUCCAUUGGCUUGGAGGUCUACAGUGUCCUGUGACCAUACAUCCUGUGGGACUAUCUAGUGUGUGAUGAGUGCUUUCAGUGACAUGACAUUGUGAAAGCGGCGAUACGAAUUGUGCUCAUGCUGGUUCCGCUGAUACCGCAAGAGCACAGACACCAGCACCAAUGCCAGAGGCGUCCCAGGGGUGAGAAGCGAACUGUGAAGGAUCAGUCCACGCAGAUGAGUGGUUUUUAAGGACAGACGGAGUGACGGCAGCGCGCGAGCAGGCUGGACACGAGAGACGAGACAGUGACUUGGGUGCAGACCUUCGUAAAGAUAGUGAGGAAUCGUGGGUGCGUCUGAGGAAAAGAGGGGCACUGAAGAAGCCGCCUCCACUUUCCUCAUAUCUGGGGAAUAAAGAAAAUAUGCGGUUUGACAAAGAUUAAAAGAAAAAUACGAUUUGACGAAGAUUCUCAGCCGUGACCACCUUCACCACUACCACCACCACCCUCACCACCACCACCACCACCACCACCACCGUCGUCUUCGCCGCAAUUGCCGCUGCCAACACCAAAACCACUCCCUUCAUUCUUGUUCCUCCUCCUCCUCCUCCUCCUCCUCCUCCUCCCCCUCCCUCUCCAUCUCCUCCUCCUCUUUCAUUUCCAUAAAUAGCUCUCUUUUUCCUCACCUUACCACCACCACCAUAAUGCAUUCCAUCCACAUCCUGUCCUACCUCUCCGAGCCUCCGCUCCCUCCCUCACCUCCUCCUCCUAACGGGCGUGCUCCUCUACCUCGCGGCCCCAGCCCGGUCCUACAGCACCCUGGGCCAUGAGCUUCUCGACGGCCUGCCGCUGGAUGGAACACGCAGCCUGUGGAGGACGAGGCAGAGUCGGGCGGUGGCGGGGCUGAACGUGACGUGGCCGGACAGGAAAGUGGUUGCGAUGGACGGCGACUUGAUUCUCGGCGGCCUGAUGAUGGUGCAUGAGCGACACAACGACAUGGUUUGCGGCCCAAUCAUGCCACAGGGGGGUGUGCAGGCCCUCGAGGCGAUGCUCUACACCCUGGACUUCAUCAAUGACCAGGUGGACUUCAUCCCCGGCGUGAGGCUCGGGGCUCACAUCCUGGACGACUGCGACAAGGACACAUACGGACUCGAGCAGGCCGUCGAUUUUAUUAAAGGUGGGAAACACUGAGCAAGGCGUUAUGAGAAGUACACUCACCUGUAGAACACAAGAAUAAGUAUCUAUGAUCUGACCAUUUUAAAUUGAGCGUUUAGGCGUUGUCCUUUAUGAAGAUUCCCCGGCUUGUGGCGCUGCUAAACCUUGUAUUGGGCAAUUAUUAGAAUAGAGGCUAUGUG